GGCACCACACGGCCGUGUGCUGGUUGAGAGUGGCUCGUGUGUAAAAGAGAGGCGUCGUGGCGAUACGACGCGGAGUUUUUGAUGCUCGGGUAGUCCGCAACCCUGCGCCCCGGGUGAUCCUGACGGAGGUUGUUGUAAAGGGAUAAGGAACCGUAUCGCGUCCGACAGCCGCGGAGUGACUGGAAUGCCUCUCCUGGUGGCGGUGCAGGUGCUGCUCCAGGACGGUCCUUGCUGAGCCGAUGACGAGCUCCCGCGGUCCGCCACCGAAACCGGCCACGACACAAGGACUGAGGAAACUUACGUACCGUGCAAAACGCAGGCGACGACGCCGGCGUACCUCGAUUGCCCGAUCCUGGCGAGAAGAUGCCGCGGUGUCUCAUGGCCAAGAAGUGGAAGGCCUACCCCUGGCCCGACCGGGAGGACGACUUUGAGACCGUCGAGGACGAUCAGCCGCGGCCUCACCGUCACCAGGAUGACGACGCGGCCCGGCAGCCGGAACUACACCAGAAACGGAUCAACGCCGUCGUUCGCUCCGAGGCCGAGGAUGAGGAGAUCGACGUCGUCGGCGACGCCGACGGCAGGACACCACCACAGACUUGCUGGGGUCCCCACAGCCCUACCGCUGGAGCAACGGCGCCGAGUCCGCCGCCGUUGAACGCUUCCGGUGCGCUUUACUACCACGGUUACACCCCGGAGACAUGGAUCGGUCACGAGGAGCCGCCGAAGUACGCGACGCUGCGUUCGGCCGCGGAACUCCAGGGGAUCGAGCCGACGUCGCCUCGAGCGGAGAGCCCUGAUGCCGUGGUACCGAGUUCCGGAGGAGGGGGUGGAUUUCCGGCGGUCGUCCCGCCGCGUAAGAGUCUGGCAAUGUGUUUCACGAGCACGGGAGUCGCGCUCUCGCUGCCGCCGAAGAAGAAGGACAUCUACAGGCCGUACAGCCUGCAGUCGGCGUUGCAGCAGCAACAACAACAACAACAGCAGCAGCAGCAGCAGCAGCCUGCGGAGAUCCGGACGCCAGCGGAGGAGGAUCUUUCCGCCGCCCAGGCGAUCCUCGACCUGAGCGCCUCGCCCGCCGCCCCCAAUCACUCCGUCUUCGUCCACACCUUGACACAACCGGACGUCGCCGUCGUCGCGGCGCCCCCGACGCUUCCAGUCCUCGCUUCGCCCCCUCCGGGGGAUGCGGCGGGGGUCGGGGGGGCGCGGCAGGAGCCGCAGUCGCCGACGACAGCGGAGAACAAGACGGUCGCCUACACCUACGAGGCCUUCUUCGUGUCCGACGGGAGGUCGAAGAAGCGGACGGUGCAGAACGCGGCGGUGCCGGAAAAGGAGGCGGCGCAACCGGACCGUCCUAAGUACACGUGCACGGAGUGCGGCAAGCAGUACGCGACCUCCUCGAACCUCUCGAGGCACAAGCAGACCCACCGCAGCCUCGACUCCCAGUCGGCGAAGAAGUGCAUCCACUGCGGAAAGGCUUACGUCAGCAUGCCGGCACUCGCGAUGCACGUCCUCACCCACAAGCUCGCCCACAGCUGCGGCGUUUGCGGGAAAAUGUUCUCCAGGCCUUGGCUUCUCCAGGGACACCUGCGCAGUCACACGGGCGAGAAACCCUACGGAUGCGCUCACUGCGGCAAGGCCUUCGCCGACAGGUCGAACCUCAGGGCCCACAUGCAGACCCACUCCUCGGACAAGAACUACGAGUGCUCGAGGUGCCGCAAGACCUUCGCCCUCAAGUCCUAUCUCAACAAGCACCUCGAGUCCGCCUGUCUCAGGGACGAGGACCCCGCUCCUCCGGCAUCCGGAAACAGGUUGUAGCGGCGUAGAGGCCAAAUUUGUAUUCUCAGCUUCAUUAUAAUUACUAUUCGUUUGUUUUUCUUCAACGAGAGUAUCAGGUGUCAUUAUCAACGUUAUCGCGUAAUGAUCGUUGGGUGUUUUUUAACCACCCCCCCUCCGUUAAUUGGAGAUUUGACGAUUAACCUCGGCGUGUAUGCCGCAGGUGUUAUAGAAGAGUCGCAGACUAGUCUGAAAUGAUAAUAGACCGCACCUUGCGAAUUAGAUAUCUAAUUAUUUAUAAUUUCGUGUAAUAUUUCCUUUCCCGCUAUGCGCGUAAUAAUUAGCUGUGAGAUAUCACACCGCUGGUGGGAAACAACGAACGGAUGAGAUAAAAUUGAAAAUAAUAAUAAUAAUAAUAAUAAUAAUGUAAGGGAAGUAGAAAUCGCGAAGAACAGUUAGAAAGAAAUUAAUUAAAACGUUAAACAGUAGAAUGUAAGUAGAAAAGUGCCAGUAGAUAAAUAUUAUAUUAUAUUAUAUAUACAUACAUAUAUGUGUAUCGAGGUAUAUAUAUUAUACAAUAUACAUAUAUACAUAGUAUAUUAUAUAUUAUAAUAACAUUAAUUAUGAAACGUCCAGUAAGUUUUAAGCGAGAUGGUUAGGAAAAAAAAUGAAUAAACUUCAAAAUGGUAAAUGAGAAGAAGAAAAACAUAGCGAAAAAAAAAAUUACAAUUAAAAAAAAAACAAAAAAAAAAAAAAAAACAAAACAAAUAAAAAUUCGAAAAAGAAAACGAAAAGAAGCAAAAAAAAAACAAAAAAACUGGAACAGUGACGUCCACACGCUGCAUCUAGUCUCACUCUAGUCGAUUAUACCUAUAUACAUAUAUAUAUAUAUAUUGGUAUUACAUACGUAGUACAAUGCAUCGUACGAUGGAAGAAAA